UAUAUCUCUGUACCGGGGCAAUUGCAGACCUAUACGAUUUGAGCCACCAAUGCUGGAUUUCCAUGAACAACCAGUUGGAAUGCCAAAAAUGGAAAAAGUUUACUUACAUAAUCCUAGUUCUGAAGAAACUAUUACUUUAGUAUCAAUAUCUGCUACAACCUCACAUUUUCAUGCAUCAUUUUUUCAAAAUAGGAAAAUUCUUCCAGGAGGAAAUACAUCAUUUGAUGUAGUUUUUCUUGCAAGAGUAGUAGGAAAUGUAGAAAAUACUUUAUUUAUUAAUACAUCUAAUCAUGGGGUAUUCACUUACCAGGUAUUUGGUGUUGGAGUUCCAAAUCCAUACCGAUUGAGGCCAUUCCUUGGGGCCAGAGUCCCUGUGAAUAGCAGUUUCUCACCUAUAAUAAAUAUACAUAAUCCUCACAGUGAGCCUUUACAGGUUGUAGAAAUGUACUCUAGUGGAGGAGAUCUUCACCUCGAGCUUCCGACGGGUCAGCAGGGAGGCACCAGGAAACUGUGGGAAAUUCCUCCUUAUGAAACCAAGGGAGUGAUGAGAGCCAGUUUUUCGUCUAGAGAAGCAGAUAAUCACACAGCUUUCAUAAGAAUAAAGACUAAUGCUUCAGACAGCACAGAGUUCAUCAUUCUUCCGGUAGAGGUGGAAGUUACGACAGCUCCUGGAAUUUAUUCCUCAACUGAAAUGUUAGAUUUUGGUACACUGCGAACACAAGAUCUACCGAAAGUUUUAAAUCUUCAUUUAUUAAAUUCAGGAACAAAAGAUGUACCAAUAACAAUUUUAAGAAUGAGAAGGGCAUGUGGAACCAAAGCUAAGUGUGAACCAAAGCUAAUGAGGUUCCUGUUUAGGCCUGUACGUCCUGAUAAAUCCCAGGAUCUGUGUGCCAUGUGCAGAGAAAAACAGGCUGUUAGACUUAAG